UUAACAAAUCCCUCGAACCUCGCCCGCUGAGCAGAACGGAUCCUCUUGCCGCAGUCCCUGUGCUUCCGACUCCGGUGCCGGCGCCCUCAAGUGUGCGUGUUCUGUUGUUGACGGUGAACAAGCAAAGCUUUGACAUUCUGCGCGAAUAGAAGUUUCUCGGCCUUUCACUCAGAGCGAGAAGUCAGGCAGCGAUGGUUUGGAGAAAUCUGGAGCAAAUUAGACUCACGGCCAAAGAAUUAGGGAAUUUGGCAUUCUCGCUUGUGAAAAUCCCCUUUUCUCUUCAUGUCACUGUUGCCUAUGGCCCGAGCAUGCUUCCGACAAUAGGUCCGAUGGCUACCUUUUUAUUGGCCGAAAGGAACUCCCCACGUUUUGGUAAAGUUGAGCGCGGGGAUAUUGUCGUUGUGCAGUCACCUGAAAACCCUCAAAAGUUCAUAGUCAAGCGCUUGCUUGGAUUGCAGGGUGAUAGUGUCACAUUCCUUGUGGAUCCUAAGAACAGUAAUAAACGCAAGACUGUAGUGGUCCCCAAGGGACACGUUUGGCUAGGGGGAGAUAACAUAUAUAAUUCCAGGGAUUCAAGAUAUUUUGGUCCUGUUCCUUGUGAUCUUCUUCAUGCCAGGGUCUUCUGGAGGGUAUGGCCACUUGGGGAUUUUGGACCCAUGGGUAAAAACUGAUCGAAGAUUUCAGCUUUGUGAAGCACAGUUCCUUAGCAAUGUUACCACUCUUUUUUGUUCAAUUCCUAAAGGUUUAUACUCGCCUGAGUUUCAUUUUAACUCACGAAGUGCCAUUUCACCUAUUUGGAGCUGUAAAACUCGUUGUUCCUAUAAGAUGAAAGAUGAAAGGCAGUGACGUGUGACAUGGUUCAGGAAUUGUGCAUCAGAAUAAACACGGAAAUACCUGCAGCGAAUUAUUUUCAGUAGUAUAGCACAUUCUUUUAUAUGUAUGUGGUAGGAUUAGCCUAUAAAGUUUGGUGGAAGAGCAUUUUAUGUC